AAUAUAUGGGUAUAAUGAUGUAAGAGGGUAGAAACAAUUCUCACUGACAUAAUGUAUAAGUACCUACUUAUCAUCGCUCUCUUUCAAUAAAUGGUUGUUACCAAGCGGACGCGUCUUGUGCUUUCUCUCCGUUCUAGAAGUUCCUGGAUAGUCAGUGCAUCUUAAAUACUUCAGUGGCGACGAAAUCGAACUGUGAACGCGUGUGAAACUUUUUUUUUAGUGGACGUGAGUGAAUAUCGCUGUUACAAUGUCUAUCGGUAAAAUUGGUGCUUUCGAUGUGCAUAAGGAUAAUUGGGAUUUAUAUGUGGAGCGCUUGGGCCAGUAUUUUGUGGUUAACGACGUUAAACCGGCUGUGCAGGUAGCGACUUUAAUCACCGUUAUGGGUAGUGAGGCGUACGAGCUCAUGGCAAACUUAUGUUCACCGGACAAACCGUCAACAAAAGAAUUUGAUGACCUUGUGGCGGUUAUGAAGAAGCACCUACAGCCGACGCGGAGUACCAUGGCCGAACGAUUUAAAUUUCGUCAGAGGACACAAAGAAGUGACGAAACCAUCGCGGAAUAUACUGCGGAGUUAAAAAAGUUAACAAAACAUUGUGAUUUUCAAGAAGCCAGUUUAAAAGAGAAUUUACGAGACCAAUUCGUGUGUGGUAUCCGUAAUGAUAGCAUUCGGCAAAAGUUAUUUACGGAAGAUAACCUAACAUUUGAAAGAGCAUUUAAAAUGGCGGUGGCGAUGGAAGCAGCGGAAAGUCAUGCGGCGUUGGUACAGGACCGUUCUACAAUAGAGGAGGGAGUAUCAUCAUCCAUGAUAGCAACGGCAGUGCAUCAGCUGGCCACGGUGAAGCGGGACAAGCGACAGUCGGCGGAGGCGGCUAGCACCGAGCGCUAUGGGCCGCGCGGUCCAAAGGUCACGCAGGGCGACGGGACAAAGGGCGCUAUGGGCGCGGGCAAGCGACGAGUCGUUACGAAUAGUGCGGACUGGAAGGGAGGACAAACCCAGCAAUGUUCGGCGUGCGGAGGGCAGCAUGGACAGAGCUCGUGUAAAUUUAGGGCCUAUGUUUGCAGAGUAUGUAACAAAGAAGGGCAUCUUAAGAAAAUGUGUCCGAAUUUAAAAAAAAACGUCUCUUUUCAUGCGAUGUUAGAAGAGCAGGCAGGGUACCAGUAUUCAGACAGUGACAGUAACGGCAGUGAAGAGGUAAAUAACUUUUCUAUAGAUGCUAAAAAGUUGAAGAAGUAUGGGCCUUACAUGGUGCAAUUAAAAGUGAAUAAUGUAAAUUUAGUUAUGGAAGUAGAUACGGGCAGUGCGAUAUCUUGUAUUAGCUAUGAUUGUUAUAGUCAAUUAUUUCCUGAGUGUCCGUUAAAAGCUAGCAAUUUGAAUUUAUGUUAUUAUACGGACAUAAGUGUCAAACCCGUAGGUAAAAUAUUACCUUCGGUGCAAUAUAACAAAAAAUGUAAAGAGUUAGAUUUGUAUGUAAUGGUUAACGGGAAAACGAGUUUACUCGGCAGACAGUGGAUAAAAGAGUUAGGAAUACUACCUGACUUAGUAAAAUCCGUCAAUUGUAAUAAUGUUAGUACAAAGCAUAUUUUUGACAUAAACGAUUUCAGUUCCAGAUAUUGUGAAGUAUUUGAAGGCGGCUUGGGAAGGUUUACUGGCGGAACGGUGGGGUUCCGGCUGCGAGAGGGCGCGGCGCCCGUGUUCCUGCGCGCGCGACCUCUGGCGUACGCGCUGCGCGAGCCAGUUGAGCGCGCGCUCGAUCAGCUGGUGGCGGACGGUGUGAUCACUCCGGUAAACUCGUCCGACUGGGCUACGCCUAUUGUUCCGGUGAUGAAAAAAGAUGGAACCAUUCGGGUAUGUGCUGACUUUAAACUAACUCUCAACAGAUGUUUGGAGGUAGACCGUUUUCCGCUGCCACGGGUUGAUGACUUACUUGCUAAAUUAUAUGGAGGGACUCGAUUUACCAAAUUAGAUUUAUCGCAAGCGUACGCACAAUUUGAAUUAGACGAAUCCAAACGGUUUACAGUGAUAAAUACCCAUAAAGGCUUAUUCAUGUACAAUCGACUUAUAUACGGCUUAGCUUCGAGCCCCGGUAUUUUUCAGAGGAAAUUAGAACAGCUAUUUGGAGAUUUACCGCGCGUAGGUAUUUUUUUAGACGAUCUGAUAAUAACCGGGGAAGAUGAUGAAACGCAUUUAAAAACGUUACAUGAGGUGUUCAGAAGGCUCAAAACUUACGGUCUAAAGGUUAGGAAAGAUAAAUGUACUUUCUUUUCCGAAUCGGUGACAUACUUAGGUUUCGUUAUCAGUAAACAUGGUGUACACACGUGUCCUGAGAAAAUAGAAGCAAUAAAAAAGGUUCCCGAACCAAAUAGUAUUACGGAGUUACGGUCUUUUAUAGGCUUAGUAAUGUAUUAUGCGAAAUUUGUCCGAAAUAUUAGUACGGUACUCACACCGUUUUACAAGUUACUAAAGAAGGGGGUUACGUUUCAGUGGAACCAGGAGUGUAGUGAGGCGUUUAGGAAAAUAAAAGAAAUAUUAACGUCUAGUGAAGUCCUGGCUCAUUAUUCUCUCGAUCUGCCGGUGGUUUUGACUUGUGACGCUAGUAGCUUGGGGGUGGGCGCUGUGGUGUCUCACAUUACGCCGGACGGCGAGCGGCCGGUGGCGUACGCGUCGCGAACACUCAAUGCGGCAGAAAAGGGCUAUUCGCAAAUUGAACGUGAAGCAUUGAGUAUAAUAUUUGGGGUGAGAAAAUUCCACCAAUAUUUAUAUGGUAGGGAAUUCACUUUACGGACCGACCAUAAGCCUCUGGUAUCUAUUUUUGGCGAAAAGAAAGGAAUACCAGUAAUGGCAGCUAGUAGACUUCAACGAUGGGCGGUAUUGCUAGCCGGAUAUAAUUUUAAUAUUGAAUAUGUGCGCAGUGAGAGUAACGCGGCAGACGCCCUGUCCCGUUUGCCGGUAAACAAAUCGGUCAGUUUAACGAAAGAAGUUACGUAUUUGAAUUUUGUUCAAGAUUUUUUACCUAUAGAUAAAAAAAUGGUUCAAGUUAGCACAGAAAAAGAUUCUGUAUUAAGGCGAAUAGUAAGUUAUUUACAGACCGGGUGGCCAUCAUCAGUAAAUGACAGAGAGGUCCAACCUUACUUUUUACGACGAAACGAAUUGUAUAUGGACAGGGGCUGCAUGGUUUGGGGCUACCGGUUAGUAAUCCCAGAAGUAUUGCGGGAAAAGUUAUUACGGGAGCUACAUGUGGGACACAUGGGUAUUGUAAAAAUGAAGAGUAUGGCGCGCAGUGUCAUGUGGUGGCCGGGCAUCGACGCGGACGUGGAGCGUACCUGCAGGAGCUGCGGCACGUGCGUGGCGGAGAGCUCGGCGCCGCCGCGCGCGCCGCCGCAGCCCUGGCGGUACUUGACGGACGUCUGGACCAGAUUACAUAUUGAUUUUUUGGGACCCAUACAGGGUAGGACAUUUUUGAUUCUUAUCGAUUCUACUUCUAAGUGGUUAGAGGUUUUCCAAAUGCAGUCGACCACGGCGAAAGCUGUAAUAAAGGUAUUAAGAGAGACUUUCUCGCGUUUCGGUUUACCACGAGAAGUAGUUUCGGAUAACGGACCACCCUUUACAAGUCAAGAGUAUAAAAGUUUCAUGACACAUAAUCGGGUCAAGGUCACUUUUGCGGCCGCGUACCAUCCGGCUUCCAACGGGGCUGCCGAGGGGGCAGUCAAGUUGUGCAAGCGGGCUAUUAAAAAGGCUAUGCGGGAUGGUGGCGAUAUAGAUGCAGCGUUGCAGGCUUACCUUCUAGCGUAUCGGAAUGUAGAACAUAGUACCACAGGGGUAUCACCGGCAGAGCUAUUGCAGCGUAGGAAGCUUCGUUCCAGGCUAGACUUGUUAAAGGAUGGAUCGGUAGAAGACAAAGUCAAAGAACGACAAACAAAGCAAAUAACUUACGCUGGCGGUACAUCUAGGGAAUUUAACGUGGGGGAAAAUGUGUGGUAUAGGAACUAUAGUGGGGGUAGUAGAUGGUUAGAUGGUAGAAUUCAGGAAAAAACAAGUUCACGUAAUUAUAUAGUUGCGGCGGAAAACGGUUCACCCAUUCAUAGACAUGUGGAUCAAAUUAAAAGUCGCUGGAUGAGCACAUAUGAGGAUCCGUCUCCGUCAUCACCAAUCCAAGAGUCGGACGGGUUGAGGAGUGAGCGCAACGACACAUCUAGUGUAACGGUUGAAGAUCAAUGCCCUGCGGAGUCUGGUGGAGCAGCGGUGACAGCUCCCUCGCCACCCCGAUCUAAUACGUCAGAAUCCACCGACCCCCCGGUCAACCUUCCCCGGCCCACACUGAGACCUCGGGAUAAGUUACGUUCUGUAAAAAGAUAUGGGUUUGAGAUUGACUAAAAAACUUUAUCAUGAAAAUGUACCUAGUUAAUUAAUUUUCAUACAUGUUAGAAAUAAGGGUGGAGGUGUAAUAUAUGGGUAUAAUGAUGUAAGAGGGUAGAAACAAUUCUCACUGACAUAAUGUAUAAGUACCUACUUAUCAUCGCUCUCUUUCAAUAAAUGGUUGUUACCAAGCGGACGCGUCUUGUGCUUUCUCUCCGUUCUAGAAGUUCCUGGAUAGUCAGUGCAUCUUAAAUA